AUGUAUGUGUCGACAGGGGGCGACACGAACGCGACAGACGACGCAAAACGUAAAACCAGAAGACGGCCAACGACCACCACAACCAACUCAAACAACGGCGACCCUGACAUCCUGAAGCCCGAGCAAGGACACCGACUCAGUGCUACAGCGACAAGCACUCCCUACCAGGGCUCUAAAGGCCACGCUACUAGGCUAAAAGACCCAACCGCAACCAAUUUCUCCUCAACCCUCAAAUCCCGACCCGCCUGCUGUCUAGCCACUCCUCAGCGAGCAUUUUCCACCGGUCCGCCGCUGGCCGAGCCCGGUGCGGAGGUGUCUGGGACUGACCGGUGGAGAAGGGAAAAGAAAGGGGGGGAUGAAAGAAGAGAUAGCGACCGCGAGUGCAAGGAGGGAAGACCUUCCACCAUCAGUCUCGAUCCUGGGAUCUCCCGGGGGCAUUGGUGCGUGCUCUACCAGUAG